UUAAUUCUUCUUUUUUCUAAAGUUGUCUUCUUUGGCUGUCUGCUCCUUCUUCAAACCGACCGCCCGCCCUCUCUCUCUCUCUUCUACCUUCCGAUUCUCUCUCCUCUUUCUCUCUCUAAACCAGUUCAUAUUCUGCUGCUUACCCAUUUCUCAACAAUUCUCGUUUUAAAAUACAUACGAAUACAAUCACCCCCUUGUUUCUGUUUCGUCAUCUCUACACAAUAACGACGCCCACCAGGUGUUUGAAACAUGGCCGCAAACAGAUUCGCCACCAUGUUGCACAGAAACACCAACAAGAUUACGCUGGUUCUCACCUACGCAGUUCUCGAGUGGAUUCUGAUAUCCCUCCUCCUCUUAAAUUCCCUAUUCUCUUACCUGAUCGUCAAAUUCGCCGAGUUUUUCGGGCUCAAACCGCCAUGCCCGUGGUGUACGAGAGUCGAUCAUAUCAUUGAUCCAGCCAAAGGGAACAAGAACAUGCACAGAGAUCUCCUCUGCGAAGUUCAUUCCAAGGAGAUCUCCAGAUUGGGGUACUGUUCGAAUCAUCAAAACUUGGUCGAUUCUCAAAACCUGUGUGAGGAUUGCUUGUCCUCAGUCCCGGAUUAUACGGAAAAAUUGAAGAAUUUCGCUUUGUUUCCAUGUACGAAGGGAUUCGGAGUGAUUCAGAGUGAUAAAGAGAAGGUUGGUGAGAAUGGGGAGGUGAGUUUGAACUGUUUGAACUGCUCUUGUUGUGGGGUGAGCUUGGAUUGUGAUAAAUAUUCGUCUUAUAUACUGCUCAAAACUUCAUCUUGGGAUGUUUUGGAAUGUGCCCAGAAAGACAAUUACUUGAUUAAUGAUUCUGAUGAGAAGCUGUCAGAUUUCGCUGAGGGAGAAAACGAAACGAAAGGGGAUGAGGUGGAUUUGUGUUUGGAGGAAGAAAAGGGAACAUUGAUUGAGGAGAACUCGACUUUGAUCAUGAAAGAUAAGUCUGUUCAAGUGUGUGUCGAAGAAGAUGCUGCUGCUCCUGUCGAAAUUUUCUCCGAGCAGCAUCUGGAAUUUUUUCUGGACUAUAGUGGCAAUAGAUUGGUUCCGAUUGAACUGAUUGAUUCGGUGACUGAAGAACAUAAGAGUGAGGGGAGUGUUAAGGUGGAAGAUGAAGAUAAGAACUUGGAUCGCGAAUUCAGACAAGAUUCGGAAGUUCAGUUUGAAGAAAAAGAGGAAUUGUUUGUGGUGGGUAGGAGCGGAAUGGAGAAAUUUGACACGUUUAUUGAUGUUGAUAUCAAUGAGGAACCUAAAUACACCAUGUUGGAGUCCAUGGAAAUUGAAGAGGAUGAAAAUUCUCUGGUUUUUCAUGCAAACCACUGUCGUUUGAUGACGGGCGAGUUUGCAGAUUUUCGAGCUUUCCCUUUAGCCAGGUGGCCUUCUCAAGAGGCAACUGAUGUUCAAGAAAUGGCAGGCUCGUCGUUGGAAAUGCAUUUAGAUGUUCAUACAGAUAAUGUAGCAUGUGAAGAAGAAGAAGUUGCUCAGGCAAACAAUGAAAAUGAAGCAGAUGUCUCGAUUGGAACAGAAAUCCCCGAUUUAGAUAUAACAGAUGAAAUGCAAAUACAAGAUUCUGUUCAUGCGUAUGAUUACAUUCAUGAAGAUCCUUCAACAAAUCCUCACAGAGUAUCUGAUCAUGAUACUUCGCAAUUUGAGGAACAUAUGAAAGAAUUACAGUCCUUAUCAGUUCAAAAUAGGGACGAUCAUAUAACAAACAACCAUUCAUCGUUCCAUUUGGAGAUAAACGAGCCUGAAGAAGACAAGGUCCCCGAUACACCUACAUCUACUGACAGCUUUAGUCAGUUGCACAAGAAAUUGCUACUGCUCGAGAAAAGGGAUUCAGGGGCAGAAGAGUCAUUAGACGGAAGUGUAACGAGCGAAUUGGAAGGCAGCGAAGGAGUUGUAACCGUCGAAGGGUUGAAAUCAGCACUAAGAUCAGAGCGAAAAGCGUUGCAGGCACUGUAUUCCGAGUUAGAAGAGGAGAGAAGUGCUUCUGCUGUGGCGGCUAACCAAACAAUGGCAAUGAUAAAUCGGCUCCAAGAAGAGAAGGCGGCAAUGCAGAUGGAGGCUUUGCAGUAUCAGAGAAUGAUGGAGGAACAGUCUGAAUACGAUCAAGAAGCUUUGCAGCUUUUGAACGAACUAAUGGUGAAGAGAGAGAGGGAAAAACAAGAACUGGAAAAGGAGAUGGAAAUUUAUAGGAAGAAGCUUUUCGAUUACGAGACGAAGGAAAAGAUUAGGGUUUUGAGAAGAAGCAAAGAUGGGAGUACAAGAAGCGGGUUUUCAUCGGACAGUGAUGGAUUGUCUAUUGAUCUAAAUCAUGAAUCGAAGGAAGAAGACGGGUUUUAUAGCAAUCUUAAUACUCCUGUUGAUGAUGUCAUCAACUUGGAAGAAUCUUUAGCUGAUUUCGAGGAAGAGAGGAUGUCGAUUCUCGACCAGCUGAAGGUUCUAGAAGAAAAGCUUUCGACUUUGGAUGACGAAAAUGCUAAAACCAACGGUGAAGCAAAUGGGCAUGAAAAUGGAUUUUCGAAUCAUCAUCAAAAGAGAAGAAUUGCUGGUCUGCAGAAGGGAAAAUCGCUUCUUCCGCUUUUCGAUGCGAUAUUUGAAGAAAACGGAGAUACGAUGAACGAGAACGGGAACGGGAACGGAAACGAAAACGAAAAUGGGUUCGAUUCUUAUGAAUCGAAUUUCGAAAUGGAGGAAAACAAGAAGCUCGCAAUUGAAGCGGAAAUCGAUCAUCUUUAUGAAAGGCUACAAGCACUCGAGGCAGAUAGAGAGUUUCUUAAGCACUGCAUUAGCUCUCUAAAGAAAGGCGACAAGGGAAUGGAUCUUCUCCAAGAGAUCCUGCAACAUUUGCGCGAUCUCCGAAAUGUGGAGGCUCGAUCGAGAAACUUAGGGGACAGUGCUUAACGAAGAUUAAUAUCGAUUCCAUUUUCAAGAAAAGGUCUUAUUUUGGGGGUAUUAUUGGCAGACAAGAAGUUGAAGUCUGCUCAACUUUUGUUUAUUAUUUCCUAGUAUUUUUGUCCUAGCAUGCCCAAAUUUUUGUGGGUAUGUUUCUAUUUGUCUACCCCCUUUUUUUAAGGUAAAAAGGGGGGUGAUGAAUGUAUGUGUGUGUAGUCUAGUGGGCAGAAGUAGUUAGCCACUCUGUCAUUUUCUAUGUUUUGUGUGUAAAAAAAAAAAGAAAAAAGAAAAAGAAAAAAAAAGAAUGGAUAAAUCCAACAAAGAUUCCAUUUUUUCCAGGUUAGAAUUAUAGCUUAUCAGGUAUUUUUAGGGUUAGAACAUUUUUUUUUUAAAUUUCAUUUUUUGUUUUUUUGAAGGGUAAUAGGAAAAAGGGGGGUAAGUAACUUUCUUUUUUCCAGUCUUAUAAUUGAGAGUUUGUUUAUUAUGUUGGAAGGCUAAGUUGGUCUAGUUGUAUACUACAUGUAUCCAUCUGUAAGUAUUUAUGAAAAUUGAGUGUGUUUUGUAUAAUGUUUCUUUUUGCUGUCAA